GCGGGCCGCGGGUGGUGGGCCGCGGGCCGGGCGCGGACUAGCUGAGGCCAAGAGCCGCCAGCCGCGAGCCGCGAGCCGCGCGCCAGGCAGUCCGGGGCAUCCAGGCUGCAGGCCGCGCCCAGGCUGCGCCGCCAGCCUGCCUCCCGCGCCGCCGCGCCGCCAGUGCGAGCGCUCCUCUUCAGCAUGCUGCGGUGGGGCAGCCAGGCGCUCCGGCGCUUCUCCACUGGCCGGGUUUAUUUCAAAAACAAGCUGAAAUUGGCACUAAUUGGCCAGAGCCUCUUUGGACAAGAAGUCUAUAGCCACCUCCGCAAAGAGGGCCACCGAGUAGUAGGGGUGUUCACAGUUCCAGACAAGGAUGGAAAAGCUGACCCUCUGGCUUUGGCUGCAGAGAAAGAUGGGACUCCUGUGUUCAAGCUUCCUAAAUGGAGAGUCAAGGGCAAGACCAUCAAAGAGGUGGCAGAGGCCUACAGAUCCGUGGGUGCAGACCUAAAUGUGCUCCCUUUCUGCACUCAGUUCAUCCCCAUGGAUAUAAUUGAUAGUCCAAAGCAUGGCUCUAUCAUUUAUCACCCAUCCAUCCUGCCCAGGCACAGAGGAGCCUCUGCUAUCAAUUGGACUCUAAUUAUGGGAGAUAAGAAAGCUGGGUUUUCUGUUUUCUGGGCUGAUGAUGGCUUGGAUACAGGACCCAUCCUCCUUCAGAGAUCAUGUGAUGUUGAACCCAAUGAUACAGUGGAUGCACUUUAUAAUCGGUUUCUUUUUCCUGAAGGAAUCAAGGCCAUGGUAGAAGCUGUUCAACUCAUAGCCGAUGGAAAAGCUCCUCGUAUUCCCCAGCCAGAAGAAGGGGCAACAUAUGAAGGUAUCCAGAAAAAGGAAAAUGCUGAGAUUUCUUGGGACCAGUCUGCCGAAGUUUUACAUAACUGGAUUCGAGGUCAUGAUAAAGUCCCUGGAGCCUGGACAGAGAUAAAUGGACAGAUGGUCACUUUCUAUGGCUCGACAUUACUCAAUAGCUCUGUGCCUCCUGGAGAACCACUGGAAAUUAAAGGUGCCAAGAAGCCUGGUCUCGUUACCAAAAAUGGACUUGUUCUUUUUGGUAACGAUGGAAAAGCACUGAUGGUGAGAAAUCUGCAGUUUGAAGAUGGAAAAAUGAUCCCUGCCUCUCAGUACUUUUCAGCGGGUGAGACGUCAGUGGUAGAACUGACAGCCGAAGAGGUGAAAGUGGCAGAGACCAUCAAGGUCAUCUGGGCUGGAAUUUUAAGCAAUGUCCCCAUUAUUGAAGACUCAACAGACUUCUUUAAAUCCGGAGCAAGCUCAAUGGAUGUUGCCAGGCUGGUUGAAGAGAUCAGACAGAAAUGUGGUGGGCUUCAGCUGCAGAAUGAAGAUGUCUAUAUGGCCACCAAGUUUGAAGACUUUAUCCAAAAGGUCGUGAGGAAACUGAGAGGAGAAGAUCAAGAGGCGGAGCUGGUUGUAGAUUAUGUUUCAAAGGAGGUCAAUGAAAUGAUGGUAAAAAUGCCGUAUCAGUGUUUCAUAAAUGGACAGUUCACCGAUGCAGACGAUGGAAAGACUUACGACACUAUCAACCCAACGGAUGGAUCUACAAUAUGCAAAGUAUCCUAUGCUUCUUUGGCGGAUGUUGAUAAAGCAGUAGCAGCAGCAAAAGAUGCUUUUGAAAAUGGUGAAUGGGGAAGAAUGAAUGCAAGAGAAAGAGGAAGAUUGAUGUACAGACUUGCAGACCUACUAGAAGAGAACCAAGAAGAGCUGGCAACCAUUGAAGCCCUUGAUUCAGGGGCUGUCUAUACUUUGGCUCUGAAGACUCACAUCGGAAUGUCUGUGCAAACAUUCAGAUAUUUUGCUGGCUGGUGCGACAAAAUUCAGGGUUCUACUAUUCCAAUCAACCAGGCUCGUCCAAAUCGCAAUCUGACCUUCACCAAGAAAGAGCCACUGGGUGUCUGUGCCAUUAUUAUUCCCUGGAACUACCCGCUGAUGAUGCUGGCGUGGAAGAGUGCUGCGUGUUUGGCAGCAGGCAAUACCUUAGUGCUCAAGCCAGCACAGGUCACGCCCUUGACUGCUCUGAAGUUUGCAGAACUGUCUGUGAAAGCAGGCUUUCCAAAGGGGGUCAUCAACAUCAUUCCGGGCUCAGGUGGCAUAGCAGGACAACGUCUGUCUGAACAUCCUGACAUUCGCAAACUUGGUUUCACUGGUUCCACUCCUAUUGGCAAACAGAUCAUGAAGAGCUGUGCUGUAAGCAACUUGAAGAAAGUUUCCCUUGAGCUUGGUGGCAAGUCUCCACUUAUAAUAUUUAAUGACUGUGAACUUGAAAAGGCUGUGCGAAUGGGCAUGGGAGCAGUAUUUUUCAACAAAGGAGAGAACUGUAUUGCUGCUGGGCGGUUGUUUGUGGAAGAAUCCAUCCAUGACGAAUUUGUGACAAGAGUGGUAGAAGAAAUUAAAAAGAUGAAAAUUGGUGAUCCACUUGACAGAUCCACUGAUCAUGGGCCCCAAAAUCAUAAGGCCCAUCUGGAAAAGCUGCUGCAGUACUGUGAAACUGGAGUGAAAGAGGGGGCCACUUUGGUGUAUGGAGGAAGACAAGUCCAAAGGCCAGGCUUUUUCAUGGAGCCGACCGUGUUCACAGAUGUGGAAGACCACAUGUACCUUGCCAAAGAGGAAUCCUUUGGGCCUAUUAUGGUCAUUUCUAAAUUCCAAAAUGGGGACAUCGAUGGAGUGUUGCAGCGAGCAAAUAAUACAGAGUAUGGUUUGGCCUCAGGGGUUUUUACAAGAGACAUAAACAAAGCUAUGUAUGUGAGUGAAAAACUAGAAGCAGGAACUGUUUUUAUUAACACAUACAACAAGACAGAUGUGGCGGCCCCAUUCGGCGGAGUUAAACAAUCUGGCUUUGGAAAAGACUUAGGUAUGGCUUUACUUUUCUGCUUCACAUUCCCUUUGUUGUCACAUCACAGAAAAAUCUGCUUUAUGUUUCAUGACUCGUGUAUGAUUUUGAGAGGCAUUUCCUACAUGGCAGUUAGAUCUGGGUUUAGAAGGGCACUCGUUUUUUAAAAUACUAAACAUUUCUAUUGAAUAUACCAUACACACAGAAAAGCGCACACAUAGUGUGGAAAGAUACUCCUUUUCAAAAGAGUAAUGUUUGAAAGGAAAAAGAAAUUGCAACAAUAUACUUUAGCUGAAAUAUAUUUGGUGUUUAAUCUGACAUUUGGCAUGAACUCGGGUUAGCUGUCACGAGACUAAAUGGAACCGAGAGAGGCAAAUGGGUGGGGAGCAAUAACCAGCGAGCUCUAAGAAUAAAUCCUGUCUUGGAGCUUCUUGGCAGGCUUUCAGAGUCAACACUGAAAAACCCUGCAAUUGGCAGGGUUCGGGGGAGUCUGAGCAAUAAGACUUAAGAGUUUGUAAAAAGCCCGAAAUGUAAUUCACUGUGAGCAGUGACACUCACACCUUUCAAGCAAUAGCUUACUUUCAGUGCCAAACCCAUGCCAGGCCCCAUUCCACUUAGCCUGUGUAAGCAAAAGCAAUUCUCACACGAACUCAGAGGAAUAGGUACUACUAUUAUCUUAUUGUACAGAACAGGAAAAUGGGGCUCAGAGAGGCUGGGUGAGUUGCCUCAAGUCACAGAGCCAGGCACUGGCAAGAGAGAAUUCAAAGCCGGGCAGUCUGGCUGUAGAGCGCAUCUCUUAUACCCUCAGUCUGCUGUGUUGUUUCAAAAACUGAAAUGUUUGUGAUUUACUGAAAUGACAGUCUGCAAAUAUAAGUUUAGUUCAUUUGGAGUUUUUUUUUUUUUUUGGUUACAUUUUCUCUUUACUAAUAAUUGUGGCAAUGUAUUUGCAACAGUAAAAGCAGUUCUCAUUUUAAAUUCCACUGGGUGAAGGUAAGGGCUUGUUUCCCCCGCUUUUCCAUGUCUUUAAUUUGGUUUUCAUGCCUGAAUCCAAAUCACGGUGGGAGACUUUCUUAGGGAACUUAUCAUUAGAAAGUGAGGCAUCCCUGUUUCACCCGUCUUUUGAGAGAGUGUAUUCGACCAGCUUCAGGUCAGUUUUACUAUAAAAUACUACAGUUUUUCUAAUAGUUUCUUCCUCCCUGAUUUUAAAACCCCUUAGCCCAGUGGUUGUCAACCUUAGCUGCACAGUGGAUUCAAAUCACCUGGGAGCUUCAAAAAAUACAGAGAUAUUGAUCUAAUUGGUCUAGGGUGUGACCUGGGGUCAGGAGUCUUAAAAGCUCCCUGAGUGAUUCUAAUGUGGGGACAAAGUUGACAGCUCUUAUUUUAGCUCAACUUCCAGAAUCAUGCACUCAUUAGUUUCCCCAUGGUAUUCACUGCCCUUUAACCAUUGUAGAGAUUGAUGACGGUAUAGCUCAAAAUAGAAAGAGUCAAAGAAAGGCAGACCUAUUUAUUUUUUGCCUAGACAGGUUCCCCUGUGUUUCUAACAAACAAUAUAAACUGAAUUUUCCUUAUCUUUAAAAUAAGAUUAAACCAAAUGAUCUCAAACUUUCCUGUGCUCAGUUCUGCUUUAAUUAAUUUAAUCUAGAGGACAGUAUCCUGGUUACUUCUGUUUAGCUUAAAUGGACAAAAAGGCAGAGUCUGUCAUCAAGUAGGGAAAUAAAAGAGAAGGGUUUUGGUUUGAAGCUGACCAGACAACACUCUCCGCUCCUUAGAAAGCCUGGUAGCUGGUCUGGGCUGUUACCAUAAAAGUGUGGUCCAUGGACCACUAGCGUCAGCAUCAUCAGGGAAUGGUUAGAAACACAUAACCUCUGGGCCCACACCAGAUUUAAUCAGAUCAGGAUCUGCAGCUUAACAAAGUGUUCAGAUGGUUAGUAUGAACUUCAAAGUGUGAGAAGCACUGGCUUAGGCCACAUUCCAUUUACUUAGUGACCUGUACACCUGCGUAUACCUAUGUCUGAAGGUCUGAAGACAUCACGUCUGCCUUUGAGUGUGGUUUGUCAACUGCUUUUCUCUGCCCUAGGUGAGGAAGCUCUAAAUGAGUAUCUCAAAACCAAGACGGUGACGCUGGAAUAUUAGAGCAACACCAUCAUCAGGAAAGCCUUGACAGACAGCCCUUUUCAACUCGGGACACACUUAAGAAGAUUGGGUGUGCUGAGGCAGGAGGUGUCAGCCACAAACCAAAAAAUACACAGAUGAACCAUGAAGAGGGUCAGGCCCUGCUAAAGCAUUUACACACGUGCCUAUUUCUAAUACACCGUCCAGUGAUUUGCAGUUGUUGGGUUUUCACUGUUGUAUAUCAUAUGCAUUUCUAAAAUACCAAGCUGCUUUUCCCCUACCUAGAUGAAUCUAUUCAUGGUUUCCAUCUUGAAGAUGUCAGUACCAUGCAGUAUAAUACACAAAGUGCAUUUACUGGAAACUUUGUAUAAUAUGUACAGGUUUUUAACCUCUGAACUAUACAUAGGGGGUUAUUAAAAAGAUUUUCUAUAAAUUUGCUUCUAAGGAACAGUGUAACUUGUAAGGAAUGUGAAGGUAGUUCUUUUUUAGUAUUUGGAAAUAAGAUACAUCUUUGUGCCUUUGAUGUUCCAUUUUAUUUUAACCCACUGUGAUGGGUGAUUAACCUAGAAACAUUAUCUUGAGUGCCUACUAGGUACAAGGUACUAUAUUAUGUUCUGAGGAGUAUACAGAAUUUAAUGACAUGAUGGCUGGCCCCCACAUAAAUUUUAGUAAAUAGCUUUUGAAGUGAAUUUUACGUGUGGUAUAGUAGGAAGUAAACAGCCUUUGAAGGCAGAUCCUGUUUUGUAUCAUACCAUCUUACUAUCUGUGUGACUUUGGGAAACUGUUGCAACUCCUCUGAGCCUCCGCUUCCCUAUGGGUAAAACAGAGAUAGUAAAUGCCUUCCUCAGGACCCUUAAUAGGAGAAUUCCUUGCGGUAAUGUAAGUAAAGCACCUCACAUUACUGCUUUGUUCAUGGUAAGUACUCAAAUUUAACUCUGAUUUCCUCCGUCAUUAUUCUUAAAAGAUAUUGAGAUAGUUUAAUUAACUAGAUGAAUUCAUUUCCCACAACUCUUUUCAAUCAUCAAUUCCUAUUUUUCUCAUCCAUUGUUCUGACACAAUGCCUGAUACAGCAGCACUGAAAAAUGCCACAUAAUGAAAAAUGGCAAUAGUACAAGGAAAAGGGGUGCUUUUCUUUGGGCAACUCGCUUGUCCUUCAUGGGACAUCUUACUUUCCAUUUUUCCACCUAUUGGUUCUGCUACUCACUGGCUGUGUGAUCUUGGGCAAGACAGUAAUCUAAUAUCUCAGAGCCUAGGUUGAGUAUCUAUACAAUGAGAAUCAAAUCUCUAUCUCAGUAGGCAUUGCAAGGAAUCAGUGAGAUAAUAUACAUAAUGCACUUAACAAUGCAUUUGGAUCAUAGCGUUGAAGAAAUGGAAACUAUUAACAGCCCAUUUCCCGUUGGCAGACAGAAGUAGUCAGGUGAGUAAGUUUUCACCAUCUAUGUGUGACUAGAAGGUGGCAAAUUUCUGAAUCACAGGAGUCUCCAGAAGAUAGCCGGAAAGUUAAAUUCUAUUAAUCCUCCUUUAAAAAUAAAAUUUCAGUCAACAUUCCUUUUUCUUUGGCUUUGAAGAAGCCCUUAGGGAAUAUUUGUCAUUUUGGAGACUUGGCAGAAUAACAUGAGGAGAUUAGAGAAUCAAUAAAAACUAAACAACAAAAUCAGAGGCAGAGAACAUUUUCAAAAGGAAGAAUAGCAGGUUUGAUUCUAGCAUGAUAAAUAGAGCGAAUUUGGCCUGGAAGCACUUUUGAUUAUACUAUAGCUCAUUUACCAUCCCAGAGUUUGGCACAGCUGAAAUUUUAAGUUGGAAUGAAUAUUCACUGGGGCCAAAAUGACAGUUCAUAUUUGAAUAAAAGUGACAAAAGCCUUUUUAUAAGUAAUCACUUUUAAGUGAAAUGUUUUAACUGAUUUCAUGUGAUUUAGAAUAUGAUUUAAUCAAAUUAUUUUAAUGAUGGAUGGAAUGGCAAACAAAAACAUGCCUGUUCUUCUAGACUGAUUUUACUUUACCCUCUAAUGUUCAUCUCAGUAGCGGUGUUUUAAAUAUUCUCUGGGCUGCAAAACUCUUUUGGGAAUCUGAUAAAAGCUAUGACACACACUCCGUGUGUCCCGCUUCUACCCCCAAAUUCAUGUGCACACACAGAAUUCUGCAGAUAUCUUCAAGGGGUUCACAGACCUCCCAAAGGCCAUGCUUGGGCCCCAGAUUAAGAAUUCCUUUCUCCAUAGCAAGUUUUAAACAUUUCUUACCAGCUUACAUUUUUAGAUCUGGCUGAUCAGAACCAAAGGCUCUGUGUAAUACAUAAAGUUACCAAGUCAGCUGGAAUUGGAACAUCACGAUCCCCAGCCUGCUGGGUGAUUUACUUAACACACAGAGUAAUAAAAUCAUCACUGUUGCUUCAGAUCACAGAUUAUUUUGCUAAUAAUGCUAAGGAUGAAGCUGUGAUCUUAUUAUCACCUGAAUCGGGAGGUGUGGAUGCUUUAAGCAGUUCCAUUUUCCUUCUAAUUCCCUAUCCCCAUAACUUUGCUAAAGCUGUCCCCUUUUGCUCUAACACCCUUCCUGGAUAUUCCUACCCCUAGCUGGGCUAAUUGUCUCUCCUUAAUGCUCCCACUUUUCUCAAACAUAGCACUUAUCACUUGUACUAAAAUUACUUGCCUUCCUAAUUAGAUAUAAGCAACCCUCCCCCACUCCAGGAUGGGCCUUCUGUCAACAAUAAUACAACAGCUACCAUUUAUUGAGGGCCUCCUGUGUGCAAGACCUUAGGCUAAGCAUGUUUUAAAGCUGACAAUGUCUGAAAAAAAUGAAGAAAUCGAGGUGCUUUUCUUACUACCUCUACCCCAAAGCCAUCAUUACCUCUUUUUUUUUUUUUUUUUUUGAGACGGAGUUUUGCUCUUGUUGCCCAGGCUGCAGUGCAGUGGUGCAAUCUUGGCUCACUGCAACCUCUGCCUCUUGGGUUCAAGCGAUUCUCAUGCCUUAGCCUUCCAAGUAGAUGGGAUUAUAGGCAUGUGCCACUACGCCUGGCUAAGUAGAGAUGGGGUUUCGCCAUGUUGGCUAGGCUGGUCUCAAACUCCUGACCUCAAGUGAUCUAUCUGCCUUAGCCUCUCAAAGUGCUGAGAUUACAGGCAUGAACCUCUGUGCCCAGCCCAUUACCUCUUUCCUACAAUUUUGCUCAAGUCUCCCAACUGGUCUUUUGGAUUCCUCUCUUGUGUGGUCCUGUUCAAAGCUUAAGUCAGACAGUGUCACUCCUCUGUUUAAAACCUUUCAAUGGCCCCCAUUUCACGUAGACCAAAGUCCAGCUUAUUUACCUGGCCUACCGAUCUUGCUCCCGGCUACCUCUGACCUCAUCUCCUGUCAAUUUCCCUCUCAUUCUGUUCCACCAUCCUGACUGCCUUGACUUCCUCAAAAGUACAAGCCUGCUACUGCCUCGGGGCCUCCGUCCUUACUGUUCUUCUUCCCAGGGGUGUGCUGGUAAAAUAUUUAACAAGUAGUUCUCAGGGGCGGGGGAGACAACCCUAAUUUGUAGCAUUUGCAGGUAUCUGUGUGUAAAUACUCUCAUCAAGGCUACUUUUGAGCUACUAAUUUGCCUUCACUGAACACAGAGUUUGGGAAGAGAUGCAUGCCAUCAGAACAAAUGCAAGCCAGCACCAGCACACCACUGCCUCAUCCUGCAACUCUUGCCCAUACACAACCUCAUGGCUGGCUGGCUCACUGCCUGCAGGUCUCUCCUCAAAUAUCAUCUGAUUAGAGACACAUUCCCUGACUACGCUGUCUAAAAUAGGCCAUAUGCUCCCAUAUUCAUACCCCAUCGGCUGUCAUUCUUUAUUCUCUUUAUAAGUGCAUUAUUUUCAUAGCACUUAUCACUACCUAUUGUAUAUUAAUCAAUGAUCUUUUCCCAUUAGAAUGUGAGUUUCAUGAACAGGUACUUGUUUUGCUUAAUACUGUAUCUCCAGUCCUAAUAUGUAACAGGAGCUCAAUAAAUGUUUACUUUCCAAUGGAGAGGUUAAGUAACCUGCUGAAAUCACACAGCUAUUAAGUGGCAGAACAGGUUUUCAAGCAAUGAAUCUGGUGGUUUUAACUAAGUUGAGAUAGUUUUUAUUCCUAAUGCCUAAAUCAGGGCCUGGGUAGUGAGCUGUGGGCACAUAUUAAGAAUUAAACUUAAAAAAAAAUAAGCAAAAUUGACAUUAUCUGUAAAAUCUUUUGUGGAAGUGGCUAGAGCUAGGGUAAAGAACCAAAUUUGGUUCCCCAUACCUGCCCUCCAAGAAAAUAAAGCUGUCAAGGAAAAUCUGCGCUAAGAGUAGGGCAUGAGGGAUGAUGGAUAAGGCAUGAGACAUGAGAGAUAAGGGGGAUUAAAUUAUUAUAUUAUACAAAUGAUGCCUGAUUUUUAAAAUGAUUAAAUACCCAAUUAUGUAAAACAAAUUUUAUAAAAUAGGAAAGUAAGAUUGACUCAACCAUAAUUUGUUGAGUCAACCCAAAAAUCUAUGGUUAUUUCCAAACAGAAAUAGCCUACAGAUGAUAUCUGAGAUUGUUUCAAACUUUUUCUAUGAAUAUGUGUACUUUUUUUUUACAAAAUUAACAUAAUAUUGUUACCUGCUUUUUCAAUUAACAAUAUAUCAUAAGCAUCUUUCUAUGUCAAUAAACACAAUUCUGCAUAUUUCAAUGGCUUUAAUUCAACAUGAUUGUCGGACAUUUAGAUUUGCUUUUUGCUAUUUUAAAUGUCACAAAACAUCUUAUAUAAAAUUUAUGACCAAAGUCAUAAUUAUGUAAUUAGAACAAAUACCUGGAAGUGGAAUUCCUGAAUCAAUAAUCCCACUGACAAUUUUCCCAAAUCUUUGCCAACAUUGUGUAUUACAAGUUAUGCACUUAGUAUCUCUAUGCCAAUUUUCUCAGCUGUGAAGUGAAUAUAAGCGUAUCUCAUAAGGUGAUAGCCUUUUUUUAAAAAAUAAGGAAAUUUAUUCUGCCACCGAUAACAGAGUCCAGCAAUAGUGCAGUACACAGGUUAUUUGAUGCAGUGACUCUAUAAUGUUCUUUGCUCUUAUCUGCUAUCUGUGGUGUGCUCACUUCACCCUCAAGAGCUGGCUCCAUUCAUGGCCACGAGAAAGGAGUUCCAGGAAUCAUAUCCCAUCAUAAUGAUAGGGACAGGAGACAGGAAAAUUCUGGGCAGAAGAGGAUGGGUCCCCAGUGAGGGCCCCACCCUUAAGCCUGGAACCACAGCCCAAAAUGAGAACGUGCAUUUCUGUUUUCCUGCUCGAAUGGUGCCUUUUCCAAAACCACCCAUGGCCCGCCCUACCCCAAUCCUGUGCCCACAAAAACCUCUGCAAGCAGAAAGAGAACAGGAGCAGCAGCUGGCCGUCAAAGACUAUGGUUGGAUGUUGGAGAGAAGCAGUGUGACUUCAAAAGGACAGCUUGACAGUGUUGCUUCAAAAAGGAGCCCAGCCAGGCCAGGGACAGCUGGACUCCAAGGGAAGAUUAUCUUCCUGUUCCGUCCCUUUUUCAGCUCCCCUUCCCACCGAAAGACGCUUUCAUCGGCCAUAAAAUCCCCUGCAUUUACCCUCUCCAAUUUUCAUGCACCCUCAUUCCUCCUGGACACUGGACAAGAAUUUGGGUGCAGGUGCAAAAGGCUGUCACACUGACCCUCCACUGAGCUGUUAACACUUAAGCCAUCUAUGGACAGUAAAGCUAAAAGAGUGUGGACUGUAACCCUUUCUGGGGCUUCAGGGGUCAUAGGCAGCCCUCUAGAUGAUGCUGUGAGGCCACAUGGAGUUUUGCUCCUGCCAGUGCCCAAAAGCGCUCACCCAGCUCCUGCACCUGCUCACCUGUACUCCCCUUCCUGCAAGGGGUGGAACACAGUGGGACAGAGUGAGUGGAGUCUGCCCCUUCUGGCACUGAAGCAGCUGGCUAGUUCUAGUGCCUGUGCACUCCCACGAAGGGGUCAGGGAAAAUUUCCUGCCUUGCUAUCUUGUCCUUUCUUCUAAAAGAAAGGAAUCAUUUUGUCAUGUGCCUCCUUUCUAGGAAUGAGAAAUACAUUCAUGUGUCAUGAUUCCUUCUGAACAAUGCAACAUUAGGCGAUUUUGUUGCGUGAACACCACAAUGUACUUACACAAACCUAGAUAGUAUUGCCUACAGCACACCUAGGCUGUAUGAUACAAUCAUCAUCUUGUCAUGUGCCUCCUUUCUACGAAUGAGAAAUACAGUCAUGUGUCGCACUAUUUCUUCUGAGCAAUGCAUCAUGAGGCGAUUGUGUCAUGCGAAUAGGCUGUAUGAUACAGCCUAUUGCUCCCAGGCUACAAACGUGUACAGCAUGUUACUCUACUGAAUACUGUAGGCAACUGUAACACAACAGUAAAUAUUUGUAUAUCUAAAAAUAUCUAAAUAUAGAAAAGGUACAGUAAAAAUAUAGUAUUAUAAUCUUAUGGGACCACUGUUGUAUAUGUGGUCCAUCAUUGACCAAAAUAUCAUCAUGCAGCACAUGACUGCACUUUCCUUCCCAAAAGUCUACAGACCUUCCAGAAGCCUUGCUGGUUAGGCUCACAUCACGUGCCCAUUCCUAAACCAGUAACUGGCAAGAGUUUUCCAUGAACAGAUGGUGGGGAGUCAAACACAAAGAUUUCAACAUUAAAACUUUUGGGAAAAGUCUAUAAAUCAUAUAUAUCCUGUAUUUUUGCUUCAGGAUUUUGACCCAGGAUUGUGAACUGAUGUUUAAGCUGAAUUAUUUUGUUGACAUAAAGAAAAGGAAACAAGUCAGUUUAAUGAACAUUUAUUGUAUAUUCCAACUGAGUGAAAGGCACUAUGCUAGGCAGUGAGAGAAAUACAAAUGAAAGUAAGACUCAACCUCUUUUCUUACAUUUCUUUUUCUUUUCUUUGAGAAUGUCUCUGUCACCCAGGCUGGAGUGCAGUGGCAUGAUCUUGGCUCACUCCAACCUCCACCUCCUAGGUUCAAGCGAUUCUCCUGCCUCAGCCUCCCAAGUAGCUGGGAUUACAGACAUACGCCACCAUACCUGGCUCAUUUUCAUAUUUUUAGUAGAGACAGGGUUUCUCCAUGCUGGCCAGGCUUGUCUGGAACUCCUGACCUCAGGUGAUUCACCCACCUCGGCCUCCCAAAAUGCUAGGAUUACAGGUGUGAGCCACCAUGCUUGGCCUUUUCUUACAUUUCUUAUCACAGUCAUGGAUACAGGCAGAGUAAUACAAACUAUCCUGCUAGGCAGUUUUUAAAAAUAACUACCAUAUUUGAUGCAUAAUUAAAAUGUUAUUGGAACAGAUGGGAGAUUUAUUCAGAAUGAGAUUUUUGCUUCAAAAGCCAUUAUACCUAAUUUUCGGAUCUGUAACUGUCACAGUGCCAUAGAAAGACGGUACGUCACAAGUUUGAAGAGAACAUUUCAUUCAUUUUAGGAGUGCAACUGUUCUCCAAAUGACUGCCAUCAACUCACACUUAAGCACCAGAGUAAGCAAAGGGUUGGAAAACCAAAGCACAACAGUAAUGUACUUUCCACACACUGUAGGGAAACUGCUUUCAAACAAAACAACUUUUAAGAUAAGGCCAUAACAUACUGAUAUGUUUUGGCUGUGUCCCCACCCAAAUCUCAUCUUGAACUGUAGCUCCCAUAAGGGAGCUGGUGGGAGGUAAUUCAAUCAUGGGGGCAGGUCUUUCCUAUGCUGCUCUCAUGUGAAUAAGUCUCACAAGAUCUGAUGGUUUUAUAAAGGGGAGCUACCCUACACAAGCUCUCUUGCCUGCUGCCAUGUAAGACAUGACUUUCUUCCCAUUUACCCUCUACCACGAUUGUGAGGUCUCCUCAGCCAUGUGGAACCGUGAGUCCAUUAAACCUCCUUUCCUUCAUCAAUUACCCAGUCUCGGGUAUGUCUUUAUUAGCAGUGUGAGAACAGACUAAUAUGCAUACAUACAAUAAAGUCCUCAAAAGUUAAAUUUACAACCCAUUAGCCUUUACAUAAUGUAUGAGUGGUGGUAACUCUUAGAAUAGUUGCUAACACAGAAGGGGCUCAGUAAGUACCAGCUGUUGUUGCAUCUGCCAAUUUGAUAGGUGAAGAAUGCAAUCUUGAUUUCAUUUGCAUUUCUCUGAUAAAUGGAGUUGAACUCUUUUUCUGUGAAUUACUUCCUUAUUUCCUAUGGUCUUUUCACUACUGAGAUUAUCAGUCAUUUUUUUCUAAAAUGUAAAAGCCUGUGAUAUAUUAAUGACACUCUGUCAUAUUUCAGAUAUUUUUCCCAGUAUUUCCCUUAUCUUUUGAAUUUAUUUGCAACACACUAGUUUUUAAUAUUUAUGAGGAUGAAUUUUGCACUCUUUUCCUUUGUAAUUUUAGGCUUUGAUGUUAUGCUUUUUUUAAAAAAACCUUUCUUGACUAUUUUACUAAAUAUAAACCUGUAUUUUAGUAUGGAACUCUUAAAAUUUUUUUUUUUUUACAUUUAAAUCCUUAAUCCAUAUAAAAUUCAUCCUGGCAUAUGAUAUGAGGCUAGAGAAUCUAAUCUUGUUUGAAAUAGCUGGUUCUGACAUUGUUUAUGAAUAAUUCAUCCAUUUUACCAGAUUACACAAGUAGUCUCCCUUUAUCCAUGGAGGAUACAUUCCAAGAGGAUGCCUGAAACAUUUGAUAGAACAGAGCCCUAUACACACUGUUUUCAAUCUGAGAAUCCAAAAGGCUACUAAGUGACUAAAGGGUGGGUAACACAUACAGCAUGAAUAUGCAGGACAAAAGGACAAUUCAUGUCCCAGGCGAGACGAACUGGGACAGCCUAAGAUUUCAUCACAUUAUUCAGCAACUUAAAACUUAUGUUAUUAUUUCUGGAAUGUUCCAUGUAAUAUUUUUAUAUUGUGGUUGACUAUGGGUAGCUGAAACUGUGGAAAGCAAAACUGACAAUAACAACUGUACUUGAAAUUACACCUUCAUAUUCUCCUGCCUGGAACCAUCUACGAUGGCUUAUUAAAGUCUCCUGUAUACCUUCACGUAUCCAUUUAAUCCAUUUAUUAUCAUUAUUCCAUGCCUACUGUGUACCACACACUAUGCUAAGUAGUGAAAUAGAUAAAUGCAGCUGUUCACACAAGGUAGCACAGCAUCCAGUGGAAGAAGAUCUUUAAAUAAGUAUUUAUGCCAGUAACUCAUCACGGCUGUGUACAGUUCGGGUGUACUCUUUUCCAGGUGAAAAAAUCCUGUUUCAGAUCUGUUCAUUUCUUUACACAUUUAGCGAGUGAGUCACAGGCAAGGAGAGCUGGUUCCAACGUCCAAUAAGAAAGAUCACAAAGGACCUGGAUAAUCAUCUUCACAGCAAUCACAAGAAGCCUCAGGCCAACGUGAGGAAUCGGAAAGAAUAAAAUUCAAAGAAAACCCGAAAACAUUAGCAGACAAAGUUCUAUCAGCUCUACCCACUCACAGAUAGUCCUUAAAUUCUCAGGCCUCUUUCCUGAGCAAAAGUCAGGCUCAUGGUAGAUGAGGUCCCAAAUAAAUUUAGUAAAACCAAGGAUAGGGCAGAAAGGCAACUCCAGCCUAAGGUCAUUUUGACCUUUGGAAGGGAAAACCAGCUGUCGCCCUUCUUUGUAUUAUGCCCUCCAAAUUUUCCUGUGAUGUCCCUAUUUUCUACAUUUGAUAGGUUUCGAGCUGUGGGCAACUGUGUGGAACAGUUUUAAUAGCUAAGAAGUUUUGCUUUACAAAAAAAAAAAAAA